AUGAAUGAAAAUAUGCAAAUAGGGAGAUGUUUCCAAUGGAUGGUUGCAAAUGGUGUGGGGAGUGAAGAAGACGUUUAAGUUACUUUUUGAGAGAGGCGUGAGAAACCCGGUUUCAUGUUCUACCCGUCGAUGAAUUAGUGGAUGCCCAGAAUCAAUGUGAAGAGACGUACAGCCGCCGAAAAUGACGAGACUUCACAUUUUUCUUCGAAUCGGUAGCCUAAGCUUGCAUGGAAUCAAUCAUCAAGAGUCAGUCGACACUCGACAGUGGGUAUAGAAAAAAGUAGGGGUAAAGCAAUCCGAGGUUGGCUGAUUGCCUGUGAUUGUUGUAGGACCCGAAUCCGCACCACAAAAAUCCCACCAGAUUUCCUCUUUCUGCUUCUCUGCAAUUAGCUCCCGUCAGGACUCGGGAAGAUCAUCCUUUACUCUGGUUCUUGGGCAUGUCCGAGGGAGAAGAUUUCGAAACCUGACGAGACAUGGCAAGUUCAUCCAUGAUUUGGGUUAUUGGAUUCAGUCUCUUGUUAUUGUCAGCGUUCAGAUUCGGAGCCGCUCAGCCUAGUGCCGCCACCCUCGUGUCUGAUGAAGUGGUGGCUCUGAGGGAAAUAGCGAAGAGGUUGGGGAAGAGGGAGUGGGAUUUCAGCGUGGAUCCAUGUAGCGGCCAAUCGGGAUGGACGACGCCUGGGGCGCCGUAUACACAGCAGAACACCGUCGCCUGCGAUUGUUCCUUCGCCAACAAGUACAACACUACCAGCUGCCAUGUCACUAGAAUACUCCUCAAGUCUCAGGGUCUACAAGGAGUGCUCCCGCCAGAGUUGGUUAAGCUCCCAUACCUGCAAGAAAUUGAUCUCACCUUCAAUUACCUUAGUGGUACCAUUCCUCCAGGAUGGGGUUCUAUGCGGUUAGAGAUCAUCUCGAUUUUUGGGAACCGUGUGUCGGGAUCAAUCCCGAAAGAACUAGGGAGUAUGACAACUCUUAGAGAACUGAUCCUGGAGGCUAAUCGCAUGUCUGGAGUUCUUCCACCAGAGCUUGGGAAUCUAAUCAACUUAGAGAGACUUGUAAUUUCCUCGAACAAUUUCACGGGGCAGUUUCCAGAAAGACUCUCUGCACUGACCAAUUUGAAGGACUUUCGGAUAAAUGAUAACAAAUUCAGUGGAAAGAUUCUGGGCAUUAUAGGGAACUGGACAAAACUUAUGAGAUUAGAAAUGCAAGCAAGUGGUUUUGAAGGACCCAUCCCUUCAGAGAUUUCUCUUUUAGCGAACUUGACUAAUCUGAGGAUCAGUGAUAUAAAUGGACCAGAAGCAUCAUUUCCGCCAUUAAAUGAGAUGAAAAGCCUGAAGACAUUGAUAUUAAGGAGUUGCAACCUUGCUGGAGAAUUACCUCCAUAUAUUGGGGGAAUGACAAACCUAUUUACAUUAGAUCUCAGUUUUAACAAGCUAACGGGGCAAAUUAAUAGCAGCUUUAACAGACUCUCGGAAGUAGAUUAUGUGAUUCUAACUGCAAACUUACUGGAUGGUCCUGUUCCUAAGCAGAUGCUAGAUAAUGGAAGAUACAUUGAUCUCUCCUACAACAAGAACUUUACAAUAGACAGCUCAAUCAUACCAGAUUGUCAAGAAAGGGGCAUAAACUUAUUCAGGAGCUCUAUUUCUAGAAACAACUCAAAUGGAGUGCUUUCAUGCUUGCAAAGCUCUCAAUGUCCACAAAAAAAAUUGUAUGAGCUCCAUAUAAAUUGUGGUGGAAAAGAAUCAGAAUUUAAUGGUAGUAAAUAUGAAGCUGAUGAAGACGUUGGUGGACCUGCAAAAUACUUGCCUGUUAACAAUUGGGCAUUUAGCAGCACUGGUAGCUUCACAGACAAUGACAAUCCUAAAGAUACCUUUAUAGUAACAAAUAUCUCUGCACUGUUAAUGAAUAAUGCUUUGUUAUACACAACGGCACGCAUUUCUCCCGUCUCUCUCACUUAUGUAGUAUACUGUCUUCUGACUGGGAGUUACACUGUGAGCCUUCAUUUUGCGGAGAUCAUGUUUACUAGUGAUAGUAACUAUACAGGCCUUGCAAGGCGUGUAUUCGAUAUAUAUAUUCAGGAAAAGUUGGUGUUGAAGGAUUUCAAUAUAGUAGACGAAGCAGGUGGAGCUGGGAAGGCAGUUGUGAAGAAAUUUCUCACAGUGGAUGUAACAUAUGACACUUUAGAAAUCCGCUUGUAUUGGGCUGGGAGAGGGACAACAAGAAUCCCUUCUCCAGGAAUCUAUGGUCCUCUCAUAUCAGCCAUCUCUGUGGUGCCUAAUUUCAAGCCUCCUUCAGAAGGUGGAAAGAAGAUAUCUGCAGGUACUGUGGCUGGAAUUGUGGUUUCCAUAGCAGGGCUUAUUUUCUUUGUUCUGGGUUUCCUUUGGUGGAGAGGCUAUCUGGGUCACAAAAACACAAUGGAUCAAGCUCCUUGGACAGAUAUGACUGGUCUAGACCUACAUACUGGUUUCUUUACCUUAAGACAAAUUAAGGCUGCCACAAACAAUUUUGAUGCUGCAAACAAGAUAGGAGAAGGUGGUUUUGGACCUGUUUAUAAGGGUCUUCUAUCCGAUGGCACCAUGAUAGCAGUUAAGCAGCUUUCUUCAAAAUCAAAACAAGGAAGUCGUGAAUUUGUGAAUGAGAUUGGCAUUAUUUCUGCUCUCCAACACCCUCACCUUGUAAAGCUUUAUGGAUGUUGUGUGGAAGGAAAUCAGCUAUUGCUAAUUUAUGAGUACAUGGAAAAUAACAGUCUUGCUCAUGCUUUAUUUGGGCCAGAAGAAUGUCAAUUAAAAUUGGAUUGGCAAACAAGGCACAAAAUAUGUGUUGGAAUAGCUAAAGGCUUAGCUUAUCUACAUGAAGAAUCAAGGUUGAAGAUUGUUCAUAGGGACAUCAAGGCUACCAAUGUAUUGCUUGAUAAAGAUCUUCACCCUAAAAUAUCUGACUUUGGGUUGGCUAAGCUUGACCCAGAAGAGAAGACUCACUUAAGCACUCGAGUAGCUGGAACCUACGGAUAUAUGGCACCAGAAUAUGCAAUGAGGGGUCGUUUGACAGAUAAAGCAGAUGUUUAUAGUUUUGGAGUUGUUGCCUUGGAAAUUGUCAGUGGGAGAAGCAAUACUAGUUUUUUAGGAAAGGAGGAAUGUGAUUAUCUUCAUGAUUGGGUCCUCAUUCUGAAAGAGAAAGGAAAUUUGAUGGAUCUAGUAGAUCCAAGGUUGGGUCCUGAAUUCAACAAUGAAGAGGUUAUGACAAUGAUUAAUGUUGCUCUUCUAUGCACAAAUGCGUCUGCAUCACUUAGGCCUACCAUGUCUACUGUGGUGAGAAUGCUUGAAGGACAGACUACAGUGCAGGAAUUUGUUUUAGAUACAAGUAUCUCCAGUCAUGAUUUGAACUCUGAUGCUGUGAGGGAUCAUUAUCAACAGAGUGAAGAUGAAAGCGUCAGUGAGACUGAUAUGUAUAGCCUGUUGAUAGGUGAGCCACAAACUAGUAAGUCUUCCACAGCGCCCUAUCAUCUCUUCCCAACCAGACCGGGAUCUGUCUAUCUGAACGACAGAAUGGAGUAGUUGUAUAGCUCCUGGAUUGUUUUUCUAAAAUGUAUAUGUUGUGCAGUUGUAUUUACAUUCUUCAUUUUUUUCUACAAAGAUCAAACACUUGGGAUUCUGUGGAAUAUGAGUGUAUAGAAGUUCGAGGAAGUUUUAUCAUAACCUCAUCACUGUAACUUUUGUCAAAUCGAGAUAAAUGUAUGGUGGAACAAAUAAAUCAAGAGUUUGUCAUUAUUUUGAUUAUUAAAAUCAUCUUGGGACA